AUGAUCUCAUCAGCACCGCAGCCUACAAGAACGGGACAGGAUCCUAUAGCUGCCACCACAACCACCAACUGCUCUCAUCUCAGGACGGCCCGGCCCCGCGCCAUCACAUCCUCCCCCUGCCUUCCUUCCCCAAUGCCGAGGAAAAGCACCGCAGAGGUCACGAUAAGACCGCCCCCAUCCCGGACCAUGUCUCCAGCCAUGAACGACUGCAUGCCGGCAAAGGCAGAUGCCAAGGUCAAGGCUGGCGCCACUGACAUAAUCACGCCGCCCUCGUCGCCGCGGAGGUUGAGCAAUGCUGCAGAGACGGAGGCGAAGCAGGCCGCGCCACCAUGCUCCGGCGCCGGCAUGCAGCUUAGGCUCCCGGAUAUGUUUGCCUCUCUCAUGAGCAUCCGGCCACCGAUAAACCCACACUACAAAAAGGUCAAGGCCGAGGCUGAGGAGUGGACUGCAAGAACCCUCAACCUUACUCCCCUCCAAGCCCUCCGCAACUCCAAGGCAGACUUCACCUUCCUGGUGUCGUGGUGGGCCCCCAACGCCGACGCCGAGGCGGUCCGCACCAUGGUCGACUGGCAGCACUGGGCCUUCCCCUGGGACGACCAGUUCGACGAGGGCCACCUCAAGCUGGACCUGGCGGGGGCCGCGGCCGAGGUGGUGCACAUGACGUCCCUGCUCGACGACACGCACCCGUCGCUGUCUCUGGACCAGCCCGGCACCGACCCGAUCCAGUACGCGUUCCAGCAGAACUGGUACCGGAUCCGGAGCCGGGCCGGCCCCGCGCUCAGGCACCGGUACAAGACCUACCUGAAGCACUACAUGCUCGGCGUGCUGGGCCAGGUCGGGUCCAGGUCCAGGGAUCCGCGGUCGCUGUCCGUGGACGAGUACCUCGCCUUCAGGAGGGGCACCAUCGGCGUCAUGCCGUGCCUGUGCCUCGUCGAGUACGCCGAGGGCAUCGAGCUGCCGCAGUACGUCGUCGACCACCCGUCCGUGGCGGCGUGCCAGCAGGUGGCUGUGGAUCUGGUCCUGCUGGACAACGACAUUCUGUCUUAUAGGAAAGAUUUGAUCGAAGGCGAAGAGCUGAACCUCAUCAACAUCCUUCGCUUCUCCAAGGGCCUGACCCUGCAGGAGGCCGUCGACGAGAUGGGCCGCAUGAUCACGGAGCGCUACCGCAUCUGGUACCGCGCGCUGGCCGACAUGCCAAGCUGGGGCCACAAGCUCGACGCCGAGGUGCUGCGCUACCUGGACGGGUGCAGGCGCGUUGCGCUGGGCAGCCUGAUUUGGAGCUUCCACACUGGUCGCUACUUCAAAGACGCCGAGGGCGAGCUGGUCCGCGAGGAACAAAAGCUCUGGAUCCCCGAGGAGUUGCUUGCCGGCAUCGACGGCAGGCCGCCAAAGAUCCAGUCGGAGGCGCUACCUGAGCCGGUCUCAUUGUAG